AUGAUCUAUGUAGAAGGCACUGGUUGUGACCUUACAGGCACUGGUUGUGACCUUACAGGCACUGGUUGUGACCUUACAGGCACUGGUUGUGACCUUACAGACACUGGUUGUGACCUUACAGGCACUGGUAGUGACCUUACAGACACUGGUUGUGACCUUACAGGCACUGGUUGUGACCUUACAGGCACUGGUUGUGACCUUACAGACACUGGUUGUGACCUUACAGGCACUGGUAGUGACCUUACAGACACUGGUUGUGACCUUACAGGCACUGGUAGUGACCUUACAGACACUGGUUGUGACCUUACAGGCACUGGUUGUGACCUUACAGGCACUGGUUGUGACCUUACAGGCACUGGUUGUGACCUUACAGGCACUGGUUGCAACCUUACAGACACUGGUUGUGACCUUACAGGCACUGGUUGUGACCUUACAGGCACUGGUUGUGACCUUACAGACACUGGUUGCAACCUUACAGACACUGGUUGUGACCUUACAGACACUGGUUGCAACCUUACAGACACUGGUUGUGACCUUACAGACACUGGUUGUGACCUUACAGACACUGGUUGUGACCUUACAGACACUGGUUGCAACCUUACAGACACUGGUUGUGACCUUACAGGCACUGGUUGUGACCUUACAGACACUGGUUGUGACCUUACAGGCACUGGUUGUGACCUUACAGACACUGGUUGUGACCUUACAGACACUGGUUGCAACCUUACAGACACUGGUUGUGACCUUACAGACACUGGUUGUGACCUUACAGACACUGGUUGUGACCUUACAGGCACUGGUUGUGACCUUACAGACACUGGUUGUGACCUUACAGGCACUGGUUGCAACCAUACAGGCACUGGUUGUGACCUUACAGACACUGGUUGUGACCUUACAGACACUGGUUGUGACCUUACAGGCACUGGUUGUAACCUUACAGGCACUGGUUGUAACCUUACAGGCACUGGUUGUGACCUUACAGACACUGGUUGCAACCUUACAGACACUGGUUGUAACCUUACAGGCACUGGUUGUGACCUUACAGACACUGGUUGUAACCUUACAGACACUGGUUGUGACCUUACAGACACUGGUUGUGACCUUACAGGCACUGGUUGUGACCUUACAGACACUGGUUGUGACCUUACAGACACUGGUUGUGACCUUACAGGCACUGGUUGUGACCUUACAGACACUGGUUGCAACCUUACAGACACUGGUUGCAACCUUACAGACACUGGUUGUAACCUUACAGACACUGGUUGUGACCUUACAGACACUGGUUGUGACCUUACAGACACUGGCUUGUCCUUAUAG